GGUGACAGACAGUUAAAUUACAAUCAGGGCAGGCAGAGGAAUUUGGGAGGAAAACGAAAGCCGCCCCCUUUUUCUUUCACAGUUUAGCGCUCCGUUAACACCGUCGAGUGUCCGGUUGAGGUCCAUGUUAGCACAGACACAUAGUUACAGCUGACACCGCGGGACACGCUGGAAGAGACGGGGACACCUCCGCAGGAUGCCGAGCACCGUGCACGUGAAGUGAUAAUCGUGUCGGCAAGAUGUGAGAUGAACCGGGAGAAGACAGCGACCGAGGCCAACGAUAUCAUGUUGGUCCGGAGCUCGCACGGCCGAGGCCGAGCCAGAGUGACUCAUGCGGUGGUGGUGAUCUUCCUGGAGUUCUUCGCCUGGGGGCUCCUGACAACGCCCAUGCUGACCGUCCUCCAUGAGACGUUUCCUCAGCACACCUUCCUGAUGAACGGCCUGGUUCACGGGGUGAAGGGCUUCCUGUCGUUUCUGUCGGCUCCUCUGAUUGGUGCUCUGUCAGACAUCUGGGGCAGGAAGUCCUUCCUCCUCAUGACGGUCUUCUUCACCUGCGCUCCCAUCCCCUUCAUGAGGAUCAGCCCCUGGUGGUACUUUGCUCUGAUCUCAGUCUCAGGGAUCUUCGCUGUGACCUUCUCGGUGAUCUUCGCCUACGUGGCCGACAUCACAGAGGAGCACGAGAGGAGCACGGCCUACGGACUGGUCUCAGCGACCUUUGCGGCCAGCUUGGUGACGAGCCCGGCCAUCGGGGCCUACCUGUCCUCACAGUACGGCGACAGCCUAGUGGUCCUGGUCGCCACGGUGAUCGCCGUUACCGACAUCGCCUUCGUGUUCUUCGUGGUCCCCGAGUCGCUGCCGGACAAGAUGAGGCUGACGUCCUGGGGCUUCCCCAUCUCCUGGGAGCAGGCCGACCCGUUCGCUUCUCUGCGUCGUGUUGGCAAAGACACCACAGUGCUGCUGAUCUGUGUCACAGUGUUCCUGUCCUACCUGCCUGAGGCUGGACAGUACUCCAGCUUCUUCCUCUACCUGAAACAGGUGAUCGAGUUUUCUCCUGCAGCCAUCGCUGCCUUCAUCGCCAUGGUGGGAAUCCUCUCUAUAGUCGCUCAGACUCUGUUCCUCAGCGUGUUGAUGAGGACCAUAGGUAAUAAGAACACAGUUCUCCUGGGUCUGGGCUUUCAGCUCUUCCAGCUGGCCUGGUACGGCUUCGGCUCCGAGCCAUGGAUGAUGUGGGCAGCAGGAACUGUAGCAGCCAUGUCCUCCAUCACCUUCCCAGCAGUCUCUGCUCUGGUGUCGCACAGUGCGUCACCUGACCAGCAAGGUGUGGCCCAGGGGAUGAUCACAGGUAUCAGAGGUCUUUGUAAUGGUUUGGGUCCGGCUCUCUACGGCUUCAUCUUCUUCCUCUUCAACGUGGAGCUGAACGACAUGCAGCCGGUGGCAGGAAGGACCUCACAGAACACAGAGAAGUCUCUGAUCCCCGGCCCUCCCUUCCUGUUCGGAGCGUGUGCCGUCUUGUUCGCUCUCCUUGUCGCCAUCUUCAUCCCCGAGCACCACCGACUGGCCGAUGUCAAGACCUGCUCCGCCCGCAAGUCCAGCAGCACCUCCUCGUCCUCCUCCGCCGCACACGCUCAGAGCGCCAGCCCUCUGGCCACGCCCACCAGUGACGCGGAGGACAUCGAGCCGCUCCUACAGGACAGCAGCAUGUGACUGACAGCCGGCCCAGCCAGUCACAGCGCUGAGGCUGUUAGCACUGUCUGCUAAGCCCCGCCCCCUUCAGAGUCAACCGUAUUCAGCUUUUAUUUUUUUAUUUCUUCAGACUGUUGAAAUUAAAGAGUCAGAGCGCGUUAGACGGCAACCACGCUGACGACGUUUAUUUAUUCUCUUCGACACGUUUGAUCAGUUCCGGUUUCUUUAUGGGUUCAUGUUCAGACGGAGAAAAUAAAACAGCUUCUUUAUGGUCCUUCUUUUCUUCUGCUGUGACCUUAAUCUUUGUCAUCACUGUCAUCUGCCACAGCAGCAACAGCGUUUAUUUUAUUAAUAAAUUCUAACCUUUUUUUUUUUUCCUUCAAUUUUAAUCACAUUCUGCGUCAUUGUUUAAACUCCUGAAGCCAUCUUUAGCACCUGCCCAGGUGUGUUGGUGCAGGUGUUACCAAAGGGCUUUACGUCGGUCACCGCUGCAGGAUGUUUGUCACCAGAACCCCGUCAAAGUAAGAGCUGCUGUUUAGUGCCAAACAGAUAAACUCAGUGUUCAUGUCGGAUCUAAUCGCUCUUCACUGAAGGAGGAAACAUGAUUUCAGGCCUUUUAACAACAAAACAAAUUAUUAACUGCAGAUAGUUUAACGUGUUCUCCCUCCUGAACGCCACGUUUACAACUCAAAGCAGCAUCGUGGAAUUUGUAAAACAAAACGACCUGAUUUCAGACAUCGAACCAAAAACACACUGACUUCGAGACGAGGGAACGGGAAGUGCUAACGUACUAAUUUCUGUGUUUUAGGACUGAUUCCUGCAGCGCUCUAUAAUCUUAAAACACAUCUAACGUUGCACAGAAUGUGAUCCUUGUGUCACUAAUUUAAAAUCCAGAACUGCACUGCGUCAUCAUUCACUAGUCUCAUGUGAGUGUAGCUGGUGUGUGCAGCUAGUUGAUGGCGUAAGUGUCUAAUGUGCACGUAAAGCUAGCGAGCGCUAACAGUUUGCUGAUCCACACAUGCCUGUUAAGUAUGUGUUUAAUAAUGUACGGCUGCCAAACCACAAAUCUAAUACACGGCUCAAGAGAAGCUCAACAGAGAGGAGACCCAAAACAAAACACAAAGUGAUUAAUGGAGAGAAACAUGAAAUAAAAUAAAUGAUAAAAUACAGUCGUGUUGUCUGAUGAAAGUCAGUUUUUAGAAGAGCAGACGGACCGUGCAGUGUGACCAAAUCUCGUUCAGCAGGUGUAGAUACAUAACGGGGAUGUCUCGUGAAAACUAUCACCUGUGAUUCUGUCUGCAGUACGCUGAGUUACUCUGACGUACGCUGACAUACGCUGAGUUACUCUGAUCUACGCUGAGUUACGCUGAGGUAAAACGCACCAUGAACUGCUUUUUGUUCGUUUAACAGUUUCUGAAAUCCGUCAGUCUGGUUGCCGUCUAAACCCUCUGGAGUCAGUUUGCCUUCCCUCUGUGUGCUUCACCCAACUCCACCUGUCAGGUCUGCAGAGGUCAGGAGAUCAAAUGCUCCUCGCUGUUCGGCACCAGCGGGGAGGUGGAGGUGCGUUGGGUUCACUGCACAGCUGACACCAAGUGUCCCCAAAACUACGGACUGUUGUUUUACCUGAAACUCUUCAGCAGGACGGAGACACGGGAGAGAGGACGGUGAGGUCAGAGCUGCUCAGCAUUGUGGGAUGUGAUGCAGGAGGGAUGAUGGGAGUUGGAGGUCGUGUCGCCUGUUCCUCUGUUGUCGCCGUUUAUAUUUAACCUCCACAGUACCGACUGUUUUUACUCUGGAUUUUAUUUUAAUUUUUUUAAUGUCUGCAAAACAACGGGACUUGUGGAUAUACAGUACCAUGACAACGGACCGUCACUCACACUGAGCAUGUGCAAGCUCGGGCCGGCUGUGACGUCAUCGUCCUCUCCUGCUGAGUGUUUUCAUACUUGAGGACAAAAACUAGAAACAUUGAUAUGUUUAGGAAAUUAUUUCAGACAGUGUGAAGUGCUUAUAGAGGCGUUCAUACGGAGCCCGGCGGCGUCACGGAGAAGAGAAAGAAAUAUAAUUUCUAAACACGAUUUACUGACUCCUGCUCUGGAUCAAAUAUCAUGUUAUGUAUUUUAUGUCCUCCUGUGAUGCAGAGGGCAGGAAACACCUGCAGUCAGACUGAGUUUAACGAAGCGCUCCAGUCUUUAUGAGCCACGUGACGUCCACAGUUCUCCUGUAAAAUGUGUUCAAUGGAUCUGAAAGACGACAGCGUUGUGUUUUACAGACAGAACUUGAAGUAUCUCCACAUAUCUGAGUCUGAAUUAAAUCCAAAAGUUCCAGAGAGACAGUGAAGGAAUCGCACCUGGCGAUACUGACGACAUGAAGCUCAGUAGUUUUUGUCUCCAUGGCGUCUCCAUGGCAUCUCCGGGCUCCGUGCGCUUUAUUUAUCUCACUGGAUCAUAUCUCAGUAUCACAUCUAUCAAUGUCUCAUCUGUUCUUCUUGUGUUUGAAUACUUGAAGUGUGUCGAGCCUGUCGGGUAUCUUCAGGCUCCUCCUCCUCCCGCCGCCCGCCUGACACCUUGCAGGACGAAUCAAGACGUAGUUUGAACAUGUGUUUCUGAUCGUCACCUGUGCCGUGAACGUUCUGUUCUCGUCGUCUUCAGUCUGAGUUUUAAACCACGGGAACGUUCGGGGUUCGGGGGUCGGCGGGUCGUUGAGAACCAAAUGGUGCCAUUCUUCUUCUUCUUUUGCCUUUUUUUGUUUUUAGAUGUUUUUUAAGAGGUCAAACCACAUGUUUCCAAAAACAACCCACCCUUCCCUCCUCAGUCUGAGCUGGUACUGUGCUGUUGCCAUAGCAACGGGUUUGUUACUGUAUUUACGCCAAACUUUACCUGGCUGUUCAGAACGGAGACAAGAUGGCCGACAGUUUUCUUCUCUGGUUAAAGAUGAAAUUAUCAGACCCCAUGUCACACCUCACCUCUCACCCAGUGCAUGCUGGGAUGGGCUGCGGCCCCCAGUGACCCUGAGUGGGGCGGACCUGAGGUGGUUUCUCAUGUUUUAGUCUGCUGAUUGAUUUUCUCCUUACUGUUAAAAGAAGUCGAGAACGGCCGUGCUUGGGAUUAUUUUUCAGAUCCCAUUAUCUUCAGAUCACAACUUCUUUUGUUAUCUUGAGAAAACCAAAAAGAGGUUUUUGUUUCUAACGACGUAACUUCAGCAAACAAACUUCACAUUUAACUCCUGACUAACUCGAGUUAUGAGUCGUCUCGACCGUCAUGACGGAGAUCUCAAAGGCUGAAUUCAGUUGAUAAAAUGAAGCAGAUACUCAGUGUAGAGUUGUCAGUAAUCAUCCUGUGAUCUCGAGAAAACAAAAGUCUCUUUCUGGUGAUAAAUGUCGUCCUUUUGUUUUCUCAUAAAUGAACCCAUCAGGUCCAGAAGACAACCUUUGUGAUCUCCAGAUAACACUGUGCUUGCAGUUAUUUGCAAAGAAUAACUGCAGGUACGCCAUCCUCGUAGAGAACAUCUGCAGAGACUUAAAACAUCACUAAACUCAGAAAUAAUUACAGAUUAUUAGGAUCCCUGUUAGCUAACGUCCGAGCAUCAGCUUGUCUCCGGCGGUCUGACACAUAAAUCUCACAAUUAAACAUCUCCAUGUUGGAUGAUGUUCAUAGUUUCCAACAUGAACCUGAAUGUAGCAUCAGUGUCGUCACAGCUGCAGAAACACCUGAGCGUCCUGGUGUUGAUGAUGAUGAUGAUGAUGAUGAUGUGCAGCUUCAUGAAGCACAAUCAUGUUACAACCUGAGUGCAUGUGUCUGAAGAGUUCUAAAAUUCAGUCUCCUCAUCUUUAAAACAUGAAUUAUUAUUUUAAAUUUAGCUCCGUCAGCUCGUCUGACUUUUGUUUUUAAAAACCAAACUUUUAAUCUUUAAUCUCGAGUUUGAUUUUUCUCUCAAAGAUGAUGUCAAAAACAGGAAGUUGGACCUACAGUAUAUUUUUCUACAGUCAGUCUGAAGCCCUGCAGAGGCGUUGACUCAAUGUCCCAGAAUCCAUUGCAGUGUUAGAGUCAACAUCCUGUUUGUUCUGAUCCUGUCUCUGCUCUUUGUGUCGCUGAUGUGUUCACGUCCCAUCGGAAAGUUUCAUCACUCCGUUUAUGAAGGUUGAUCCUGCGUCACGUUGGAGGAUAACUGGGAAGUUUUGGGCCUGAUUCCAAAGUGACGAGUUUCUGAUUCAAAGCUGGUUUGAACAGAUGAUCUGUGGCGUGAGGCGUUUACAGACGUCCUCUAAAUGUUACUGACUGGAUCAGAGACUCACUGAUUUUGAAUGACUUUACGACUUUAAAUCCUGUAGUGUGAAAGAAGGAGCGUGGAAUAUUGAUCACUCAGUCUGUUUCCAUGACGACAGAGAAAACAGAUUUAUAUAAAUCCCUGUAAACAUGUCAGUGUGAGUGAAAUGGUCCUGCAGUGAAUUUGUCACAGUGGGACUAACACACACCUUCAUGUAUACAGUCAAUCAGACCAAACUGGCCGAGGCGCUCUGAGCAUGCUCCACAGUUUCCGCCCCGGGCUUUGACCCGGAAGUCCAAUAGCAUUAAAUGUGUAAGAGAAGAAGAAGCCGGUAACAACAUGGAGAAAUCUACAUCCAGAGCCGUGACUUUUUGGACGGACCAAAUGUACAGAGCUGUAAAGUUGUCCACCAUGGUAGCAGUUAGCUGCUAGCUAACCGUAGCUAACUUGUUUGUCCAUUGUUUGGUCUGUGACGUAAUAGGUCAACAGGAAAAAGGUCCAAUACUAACAAGCUGAAAGGGGGCAUAUCUCCACCUAUCGUAGAGGAGUCGCACAUACUUGGCUCAAUAAAUGGAUUCCCCUCCCGUGCUUGUAUACUGGGACAAGGACAGUAGGCCAGUUAGAUGUCCUCAUCCAGCUGGGACUGUAGCUCCACUUCACUGUAGCGAGUGUAAAGGCCACUGGUUUCUAACCUGGAGUCACCAAAGCCUCAGGGGAGGGUCGUGAGGCCUUCUUGAUUCAAAGGGGUGUAAGAAAACUUUUUUAUAAUAUACAGUAGGCCUAUAUCUCAGCAUUUCAUCUGUGUCUGUGAAGAAAACUAACGUAGGACAAAUGAAAUAGUUGAAUCUGAGUGAACACAAGCUUUAUUCACAGAGCUGAUAAACAGCCUCAUCCUGCAGCAGGAAAGUGUGCAGCUGAUGGAACAAUGACCCACAGCCAGGGAGAAGACAACCCUCAAUUUGUCAAACAGUAAGCCCAUUAAAUAUGUAUGACUGUUAAACAUUUAAAUAUAUAUAUAUGUAAUACAGUCAGAGCAUCGUAUUAAAAGUCAGUAGAAAUAUCAGCAAAACUCAUCUGAUGUGAUUUUCAGGAAAUAAUCUGCUCCAAAUUCAUUCAAAUCUUUUGUUUUACACAAACUUCCUGCGGUUGUUACGUUCACUGUUUGAGUUAAUUUUACAGUUUUUCUGCAUUGAAUGUGAAAUAUCUAUAAAACACGUCACAGUCUGGGGUCGUCAGCUCACAUAACAAUAGUAAAGAGGUCACUUAAUCGUUUCAUCGUAAACUGAAUUUCUUUGAAUAAUCACAGAGCUUUGAGACAUUUUAACGGGCUUAUUUCACAGUUUUAGUCUCAAAGGCUCGUUCAGUUCUGCAGUUUUUAAAUUUAGACGGAGCUCCUGCGCAGCUGCUCGUGUUCAGACGUUUAACAUUUGAGAGCUUUUGUAGAAAAAAAGUUUUAAUUUUAAGGUUUUAAAUAAAUCUUCUGUUGGUGAAACUCUCAGAGAGAAACAUUUCAAACUCCUCAUACCAGAGUUAGGUUUCCUGCAGUGAUGAAAGAGUUGAACUUUCCGCUGGGACGUGAAGCGACAGCUGAACUGAUAACUGAAGCUUUUUGUACGUCAGCACUUGUUACUGAAUAUAAAACCUUUACGUUACUGAGACAAGACUUUUAUUUUAACUGAUAAUUACUAGGACAGAGACUUAUGCAGUCAAACCUUUCUCCUCCUCUUCCUCCUCUUCCUCCUCCUCCUCCUUGUGUACAUGAUGCAGAACAUUUGCUGAUUGCAGCACUUUAAUUUCUCUGAACGUGUGCCUCGAAUCAUUCUUCAUGUUCAUAUCUGUUUUUAUAUAUAAACCAAGAGAGGCUGACGACGUCUUCGUGUUGUGCAUUUGCAGUUGCUUUCUUUUAUCUUAUUAAGAACAUAAUUUUGAAUAAUAUCUAUGAUAAUAAUAAGAAUAAUAAAGAGAAA